GGACUCAGACAGCAGACUGUCCCAAGCUGCGCUGAUCCUUCACUCUCCGGCACAGAGCUGCAGUCAGUCCGCCUGCUGCUGCUGCCUCCUCCCGUCUAUUACCACCGGCCACCUGCCUCUCCGAGAAUAACACCGCGGCCCCAGAGAGCCGGGACGACUUCCACAGAGAGGAGGCGACACCAACCACCAUCACCGGCUCCCUGUGCCACCGUCCUCCACCCGGUCCGCCACCUCCAGUGUCCCGCAGGAGGGAGGGAGCAGGCUGCGCACAGGGCGCACACACACUUGGCGACCCGGGGUUUGUUGUCGUUACCAGGAGGGAGAGCGGAGAGGGGAGAGGUCCAGGAGCGCGCAGCGGGUUCAGCUGCUCCGGCUCUGAGUCGCCCCAGUUGCAUGGAUGCACCAUGGCCACGUUUGUGUGCCGGGUUCAGUUUUUAGACGACACCGAUCCGUUCAACAGCACCAACUUCCCCGAGCCGACCCGACCGCCGCUGUACACCUUCAGGGAGGACAUCCCCCUCAUCAACCAGUUAGCAGGGGUCCACCGGCUCCUCAGAGCCCCGCACAAGCUUGAUGACUGUACGUUGCAGCUCUCUCACAAUGGCACCUAUCUGGAUCUGGAGUCCUCUCUGGCUGAGCAAAGGGACGAGAUGGAGGGAUUUCAGCAGGACGACACAGGGGCCAGAGGGAAGAAGCACAGUGUUAUUCUACGGACCCAGCUGACAGUCCGUGUGCACUCCUGCAUCGAAAGACUGUAUAACUCCAAUGGACGUGACUUAAGAAGAGCACUGUUCUCUCUGAAGCAAAUUUUUCAGGAUGACAAAGAUCUGGUCCAUGAGUUCGUGAUGGCUGAAGGUCUCACGUGUCUCAUCAAGGUGGGAGCAGAAGCUGACCAGAACUACCAGAACUACAUAUUAAGAGCUCUGGGGCAGAUCAUGUUGUACGUAGACGGGAUGAACGGUGUCAUCAGUCACGCUGAGACAAUCCAGUGGCUGUACACUCUCGUUGGUUCAAAGUUCCGUCUGGUGUUGAAAACAUCCCUGAAGCUGUUGCUGGUGUUUGUGGAGUACUCUGAGUCCAACGCUCCGCUGCUGAUAGAAGCCAUCACCUCUGUGGAUGCCAAGAGAGGCUGCAAGCCGUGGUCCAAUGCUAUGGAGAUCUUACAAGAGAAGGAUGGAGUGGACACAGAGCUGCUGGUCUAUGCCAUGACCCUCGUCAAUAAGACACUCUCAUCGCUGCCAGACCAGGAUUCAUUCUAUGAUAUGGUGGACGGUCUGGAGGAGCAGGGCAUGGAGAUAGUGUCCCAAAGACACCUGGGACGGAAAGGCACUGACCUGGACUUGGUUGAGCAACUCAACAUCUAUGAGAUGACCCUACGGCACGAAGACGGUGACGACGACAGCCAGCCGCCACCAGCGGGACGCCGGGACCGCCGACGAGCCAGCCUUGAGGGUGGGGACAAAAAGCAAGGUCUGGAGAGGAGGCGGAGCCGCAGGGCCUCCCUUGGGCGAUCGGGCCACGCCUCCCCGUGCAGCCCGGCAUCCCCACAGAGAGCCGGCUUCCAGCCUUUUAGUGGACACAGAGCCGAGGACACAAGCGAGAGGGCUCUGUCAGGUUGCCUUCCUUCCAUAGAGGAGGAGUGUGAGGAAGGAAUAGAGGAGGAGGACGAAGAGAGUCCAGUGACAGAGUCUGACUCCGAUGAGCAGGAGGGGGCUAAUACAGUGUCUAAUCAGACCACCCCCAGCCCAGCUAGACAUCUUCCAUCCAUCAUUCAUAGAACAACCGUCCAGUCCAUCACCAUCACUUCCAGAAAGGGGAGUAUAAAGGAGGAAGAGAAGAGGACUCAGAUUGAACCACCUCAAGCAUCCACCCUCCGCUCCCCCUCUCCUCCCGUUUCCGCCCCUCUUAGCCCCCCAUCCCAGCCCUCCAUUCUGUCCAGCCUGCUGGCCAGGAAGAGGUCUGUCGUCACCGUCCCGGCUACCAAAGAGGUCAGCCCGCCGUUGCGUGGCAGCUCUCGGCCCUCCCCCGACCGCCUGCCCUACCUGCCCCACUCGCCCUUCCACCUCUUCUCCUACGACCUUGACGAGGAGCAGUCACCACCGGCUCCGGUCAAACCCAGUGCGGAGUCACCCGAAACGCCAUCUCCCAGGAAUGGAGGUUUCACGUCCUACUCCUCCCUCAGCAGUCCCAGUACGCCCACCACCUCCAGACCUGCUCUGGGAGGUCUCCUGUCCUCCUCCUAUCGACAACACCAGGAGUCUCUGGCCUCUGAGCGAGAGCGCCGCCGUGUGGAGAGAGAGGAGAGGCUGCAGAGGAUAGAGCGGGAAGAGCGGAACAAGCACAGCCGCGACUAUGUGGAUAAAAUGGAAGAGGCCCGACAUGCACGGGAGGAGAGGUAUAAGAAUGUGGAGCGUCUAGCCUCGGAGGAGUUUGAAAAGGAGCGCGUGCGGGUCUCGAGGACUCGCCCUGACCUAAACCUGCCUUUUACGCCCUCUGAGGCCUGGCCCUCGUCAUCGCGCAGCAGCACCCCAUCCUCAUUUGCCUCCCAAGAGGACGCAGAGGUUGACCUGGAAGGCGAGACCCCCUCCAUCCCCUAUACGCAAUCUGAGACUGGAGAGGCGGAUGACUCCGGUGCCAGUGUAGAAACGGGGGGACAAGAAGCAGAGGCCGCCGCUGAGGAGGAGGAAAAGCAGAAAGAAGAGGAGGGGGAAGAAGAGGAGGGGGAAGAAGAAGAAGUGCGGGAAGAAACGCCGGCAGAGAAAGAGGAGACAGUCGACGAGUACGAGCAGGAACCGGAGAAGGAGAGAGAGGAGGUGGAGGAGGACAGCGGCAUCCUGAGCGACAAGGAACGGCAGAAUGAAGAAGUAAAUGAGAAGGACAACUGCUCGGCCUCCAGCAUCUCCUCUGCCAGCAGCACCUUGGAGAGAGAGGAGAGGGGGAGCGCUGAGGAUGGCUUUAAGGAGGGAGAGGUGAACGAGCAGUGCAGCAAACUCCUCAACAGCAAACUCUUCAUGCUGGACAUGCUGUACUCCCAGAACAAGAAGCCCAGUGAUGAGGAGGAGGAAGAGGAGGAUGCAGAGAAGGAGAAAGAGAGAGGAGAGGGGGAGGACAAAGAAACCCAGGAGGACACUGAGGAGCAGCUGGGCAAUGAUGAGGAGGGCAACAACAGUGCUGACAAGUCAGAGAACCAGGGCAGCAUCCGUCAGUUCGCUGAGCGAUUCGGAAACUUGAUUAAGGACCUGGGAGCAGCCCCCCCUAACCUUGAUGCUACCGCCAACGAGCCCCCUCCUCCUCCACCCAAGAAGGAAUCAGACACAAUCUGGGACCAGCUCCUGGCCAGCCCUCGAGAGCUGCGCAUCGGGGACAUCAACUUCACGGACCUAACGGAGGAUGAUGACAAGGACAUCCUGGACGCCGUUUUGAUGGGCGGAUGUGGCGACCUCCCGCCCCCGCCUCCUCCUCCACCCUGCUUCCCUCCACCUCCACCCAUGAUGGGUCGCUGCCCCCCACCUCCUCCCUUGUUUGGGAUUAUGAGGCCUCCACCUCCUCCUUCCUUUAGUUCCACAAUCCCAGUGCCUCCACCCCCAGAGCCGCCUCUGUUUAACAAGAAGAAAAAGACAAUCAGGCUCUUCUGGAGCGAGGUGCGUCCGACAGACUCCCAGUACAGAGAUUAUAAGAGAAGUGGCGACUCGUUCUGGUCAAAACUGGAAGCAGUGAAGUUGGACACGGCAAAACUGGAACACCUGUUUGAGACAAAGUCGAAGGAAAUGCCAGUAACAAAGAAAACGGCAGCAGAUGGCAAGCGUCAGGAGAUCAUAGUUCUGGAUUCCAAGAGGAGUAACGCCAUCAACAUCGGCCUGACGGUGCUGCCGCCUCCUCGCACUAUCAAGACGGCCAUCCUUAACUUUGACGAGUAUGCGCUCAACAAGGAGGGCAUAGAGAAAAUCCUGACGAUGAUCCCCACAGAGGAGGAGAAGCAGAAGAUCCAGGAGGCUCAGCUGGCCAACCCCGAUGUCCCGCUGGGCUCAGCAGAACAGUUCCUGCUCACUCUGUCUUCCAUCAGCGAGCUCUCUGCCCGACUCCAACUCUGGGCCUUUAAGAUGGACUAUGAGGCAACAGAGAAGGAAGUAGCGGAGCCGCUGCAGGAUCUGAAGGAGGGGAUGGAGCAGCUGGAGAAGAACAAAACUCUGCGCUACAUCCUCUCCACGCUGCUCUCAAUCGGAAACUUCCUCAAUAGCACCAAUGCAAAAGGCUUUGAGUUGACGUACUUGGAGAAGGUUCCAGAGGUGAAAGACACGGUCCACAAACAGUCUCUGCUGCAUCACGCCUGCUCUGUGGUGGUGGAGAACUUCCCCCAGAGCACCGACCUCUACUCCGAGAUCGGAGCCAUCACACGUUCUGCAAAAGUGGAUUUCGACCAGCUGCAGGAAAACCUGUGUCAGAUGGAGCGCCGCUGCAAAGCCUCAUGGGACCACCUGAAGGUAAUCGCCAAGCACGAGAUGAAGCCUCAGCUGAAGCAAAAGAUGUCCGACUUCCUCAAAGACUGUGCCGAGAGGAUCAUCAUUCUCAAGAUUGUCCACCGCAGGAUCAUCAACAGGUUCCACUCGUUCCUGUUGUUUCUCGGUCAUCCGGCCUACAGCGUGAGGGAGGUCAGCGUCCACAGGUUCAGCAAGAUCCUCAGCGAGUUUGCACUGGAGUACCGGACCACCAGAGACCGCGUGCUGCAGCAGAAGCAGAAAAGGGCCGACCAUCGCGAACGCAACAAGACCCGAGGAAAGAUGAUCAUUGACGUCAACGCUCCUUCUGAUGAUGAAGACGAGAGUGAGUGUGGUCGUUAUGGCUCGAGCAGCAGCACCAGCGCCCCUAGUGGCAGCCAGGAGAGCGAGCAGCCUCAAGGCCUCGGCCACACAGAGGAUGCUGCAGAACACGAGAACAUGAAAGCGGUGCUGAGAACCAGCCUGAGCAGCAGUGACAAGGAGAGCAGCGUGGUACCGGGGCUUCGCACACGGACAAGGUCACGGCCUGGACGAGGAGGAGGUCGCAGUUUGCAGCCGAGGACUCCGGUCGUGGAGGACACUCAGAUCUGUGGAGACGACGCCGCAGACGAGAUCAUGGAGCGCAUCGUGAGGUCGGCCACUCAGGGUCCAGGAACCAGAGCUCAGCCCAGAGAGAGGAGGAGAUCCAGGGCAAACCGCAAGUCAUUGAGGCGGACUCUGAAGAACGGUCUGACGCCAGAAGAAGCUCUUGCUUUAGGACUAGCCGAUUCUCCAGACUCACCAAUGUGAUCCCCGGCCCCCCCACCGUCCUCAACGCUGUGGAAACAUAGCGGCACGCGUUGAUGCCACGCCUCUGUCAGCUGCCUGCCUUCGACACACAUUACAAACAGUCGUAUUCCACCGGUUACAUGCCCCCUUUAGAUGUUUGACAGCUGCUAAUCUUGCCUGAUGUGUCUGAGUGAGAAAACUGCAGCCACCAUAGUGUUUUGAAUGCGACACACGGAAGACGAAGUGGAAGUGAAGAGAAAAUGAUGAAUGAAGAUAUGAAGAGGGAAAUAAAAAUGUCGCCGCCUCGACACUGAGCUGAAACACUUUAUUUAUAUGAACUUAUUUUAAACGUUGCAUUAGUCCAAAGGGAUAAUUUUUGCUUGUAAGUUUCUGCAGCUGUGAGGUGUUUCAUUUAUUUAAGCUGUGAAUUUUGGUUGUAAAGAUGAACGGGAGGCAGAAGAAGCUUCAUUUACUCUCUUAUCCACUUUCAAACAAUCGGCCCAGACAAAGAGGCUUACUAAGAAUCAACCUUUGUGAGAAAGCAAAAUGUUUCGUGUCUGCAGCUGCACCUUUGACAAGCGGAGAGCAGUAAUGUGAAAGGUUUUUAAUCUGACGUGUGCCUUUCAUGUAAAAGGGACAUAGCUGUACCUUUUCUCCAUCUCCUCCUCUCAUUUUAUUCACCUCCUGCUUCACUGUUGACGACAAUAACCUUUUUUUUUUAUGUUGACAAAGUUUCUCUCCGUAUUUAUUUGCAAAGCUCAGACAUCGUGCACCUUACUCAGCAUUAACGGUCUUUCGUGCUGAAAUGAACAACUGUUUCAAAACACAGGGAAAAGGAAGUUUUUAUCUCAGAGGAACUGUUUGUAAAGUGUAAAAAGACUAAAAGAUGAGGACAUUUUUUAAGAUUUUAAUAAACUAUUUGAAGGACAAUGCAGAGACUUCUGCAUAAAAAACGUGUAAAUGCCCUUGUCAAGCUGCCAGAUACUGUGUGCAUGUGUAGUGUGGUUAAUGUUCUGUAUUAUUUUUGUAAUUUCCUGUAGAAACUUGUAUUAUAGCCAGAGAGAAAGGUUAGAGGAAGAGGCUAUUCUGUGAAUUGUAAUUAAAAGAUAAAAAGACAUUAAAGUUGUGGUCACAGAUGAAAAAUAUGUGGCUCCCCGAAAAGAAAGGGAGAGGGGUGGAGGGGGGAGGGAUUUGGACAUGAAGCUUUUGAACUGUGGUCACAUCGAGUCCCAGCUGAAGUGGGCGCUCCUGGCUCGCAGCACAGAGAAAACUGGGAAACAUCACUGCAUAAAAAUGUAGUGAGCUGAACAUAGGACAAUCUCACUUGACAUGCUGUGUAUACACAUUCUGCAAUAAAGAAAACACUAAACUCUUAAA